AGAGAGAGAGAUAGCGGCGGAGUUAUCGCCACGGGCACGCAGGCGACCAGAUAACAGGUGGAUCGACAACCACGGGAGGGGGAUCACGCCCUGAUAGCGCCGACGAACCUCUGUCGCCAGAGUCGUCGUUCCUCGUGUCGGCGGUGCGCAGAUCUCUGCCCUCGGGUCCGAACCAGAAGACCGCCGUCGCCAUGGCUAACAUAGAGACGAUCGCCACCAUCUUCUUGAAGGUGCUGAAAGUGGUGAUGAUCAUCAUCAUCCUGGUGCUGUACCGCACGGGCUACGACGGCCGCUUCCUCGGCGUGGGCGGCACGUGGAACCUGAACGAGGAGAAGAACCCCGACACCGAGAUCAUCGCCUCCGGCGUGUUCGUCGGCUACAUCAUCUACACGCUGGCCGUCGUCGUGUCCUACUGCUUCGGCACCACCGAGCAGAAGAAGACUCUGGUGGACGUGAUCAUGAACGUGACGGGCUGCAUCAUGUUCAUCGCCGUGGGUGGCACGGCGCUGCACUACUGGCACGGCUACAUGCCCGAGAACAAGUUCCUGUCCUUCUCGUCGGAGCGCGAGGUGGGGCUGGCGCUGGGCAGCCUGUGCGUGCUCACGGGCGCCGUCUUCCUGCUCGACACGGUGCUCUCCUUCAUCCACUUCUCCAAGGCGCAGGAGUAGCGGAGCUCGCUCCGUCCGCCCGCGACCUCCUUGGCGGCAUAGAGUGACGACGUCGUAGACCCGCCUCCUUUCUACCGCGCGCGGCACAACAUUCUAACCAUGCAUUUCAACGUAACAUGUUGGGACUAUCAGUUACAUAAAUUUAACAUCAUAUUGACUGAAAGAAAACAACAAGAAUUCAAAAGUGUUCAUAUUUUAUAUAACUUUUUUUUUAUCCUUACGAGUUGUUAACUUACUUAUUUUAUGCAACAUAACCUAAAUAUUGUGCUCUUUUUCGUAGUGCAGUGUUGUGCAUCUUUAAAGCAUUUUAACAUAUGAAAAGGAUAGCUGCAAUUUUUACGGCUUUUUUUUUUACGUUUAGUAGUCCGAGCAAUUUGAUUGAUGUUACGCACUCAAUUUCAUAUACUUAUAGACAAAUGUAUGCUCUUUGUACUAACGUUUUUGGCCCCAUGGUGAACACAUCAGCAACAACAAAUUGGUGACUGAAAAAUAACUUAAAACAAAAAACUUACUACUUUUUAAAAGAUAAAAAUAAUAAUAAAAUUAAUUUACUAAUUGGGAUAGAAUGAAAAUAUACCUCCUUUAAAAAUAAAAAGUAACUGUGUGUUAAUCACAAUCAAACUUGGGAUCAAUAAUGUGAUCAAGCGCACAGUUUCUUCUCCAGUAUGAUUUCUAACAUACUGAGUGUUUAGUACUCAUGCCAUCCAAGUGACGGUAACUUAAUUUAAGGAGUGAACACGCCAUUUGAAAGUUUUUGAGCCAUUCAAAUAUGUACAAGAUUUUUUUUAAUAGUAAUAAUACACUACUAUGACAAAAUAUAACGAACAUUUACUUCCAAGAUAUUUUAAAAUAAAGAAAAUAUAUUUUAAGCCAAAUUGAAGUAGAAAUAGAGAAACACCAAAGAAAAAAUAGUUUUAAAACAUAAUAACAUGACAUAUAAAUGUAAUUUUUUGCUAUAACGAACUCUUUAUGUACUAUUUAAGACUUAUGUAUUAAAAAAUACAUAAGUAUUGCCAGGUUAAGUUUUUUAUAUGUACUUUUGUAAUUCGUAUUAAGUUUAAGCACCAAGCGAAACUUAAAAUCAUAGAUGAUUAUAUUUUUUUGUGUGAAAUUUUCCUGCGUGGAUGCAUUUAUUAUUAAAAUAAAUAAUCAUAUUGCAUGAAAAUUUAAGUAGUUGCCAACUUUAGACAUUUAUAGUUUAUUUGGAUAAAGAAUAUAUUAAUGUUAUUUAUUUUAGAGAUCUCUACAAAACAAAUCAAAUAAUAAAUACUAUUCUUCUGUUUUUUUUUUGUUGUUUUAGUUUUAGUGCUAUUUAGUACGAAGUAAAUGUCACGUUUAAAACAAAAUCUAUGUAUUUUCAUACAUUUAAAGUGUUUAUGAAAACUUAAAUUUGUUGUCUUAAUUUUUUAAUAAAAUAAUUAAACACAUUUUAAGUGCA